GGUAGACAAAAGAUAGUUUGUUGUCUAUGAUUAGUUAGUUUGUUUACAAAAUGGCCAUGGCUUGACUACAAAGUCAAACAACCCUAUCGGCAGCUGGCUGUCAUUUCUAAGUAAUCUAUGGUUGUCAAUGUAACCAUUGAAUCUUACGAAAUAUUUAAACUCUUAUUAAUCAAAGAAUAAUUGAAAAAUCAAUCGUUAAAAAUGACGAUCGGGAAAAAUAAUAAGAUGCAACAGCAUAUAAAUUAUAGAGUAAGGGUCAUAUUACAAGACUCACGGACGUUCAUUGGGACUUUUAAGGCAUUCGAUAAACACAUGAAUCUAAUUUUGGGAGACUGUGAAGAAUUCAGAAAAAUUAAAUCUAAAAACAGCAAAACCGCUGAUAGAGAAGAAAAAAGAACCUUAGGAUUUGUUUUACUUCGCGGAGAAAAUAUAGUGUCCUUGACUAUUGAAGGUCCACCUCCACCUGAAGAGGGAUUACCUCGUGUCCCAAUACCGGGUGCAAUUGGGGGUCCUGGAGGUGGCCGUGCAGCAGGUCGUGGGGCUGGCCCGGCUGGCGCUCCACCUGGCUUACAAGGCCCCGCUAGAGGUGUAGGUGGACCAUCACAACAGCAUAUGGCUCCAGGCUCUCGGGGACAACUAUCAGCGCCCCCACAAAUGCGAGGUGGUCCCAUGAUGGGUGGGCCACCACCAGGCAUGAUGGGAGCUCCUCCUGGAAUGGGCCGUGGUGGCCCUGGUGGACGGGGUCCCCCUGGUAUGCGACGUUAUUAGAAAGUUUGGAUGUGUGAUACCUGCAAUGUGAAUACAUCUCUUUAAAAACUCAAAAUUGACCAAUGUGUGUUACUAAUUAGUGAUAAUUACAUAUUAUAAUUGAUUACAGUGAUGUUUCUAAAAGUAUAUCUAUCACAUGUUCAAAGAAGUUGAAAAUGGUUCUAUACUCCUAAGUUUAAAUGAAUGUGGUGUUUACAAUUUUGUGUAAGCUAUGAGUCAAUGUAUAAUUUUUAAAAGUAUUAACAUUCAUGUGUGUUCUGAAAUCAGAUGUGUGUUACUGUUAGUUUACUAUAAAAACCUUGUCUUUGUGUAUGGGAAUAUGUAGGCAAUAUUACAAAAGUUGUAAGCUGACAUCCAUAAAUGUAUUAUAGUCUCACUCAAUAAAUUGUGAUUACAUCACUAAACUUGUGUUUCGUCAACAUUAUUAAUAUUGAUGUAGCCAUUUUAAUUUACUAAUACACAGGAAAGCACUAGUGAAUUUAGUAAACUAUUUGACUAGACUUGAAAUGUUCAAUACUACAUUAUUUAUAUUUCAAUUGAUUGCUUGGUUUAAUUUAAAUUCUAUAACUUAUUUUACUACCU